GGGGGCGGGGACAGCGUGAUCUUCAGUGUACCGCUGGCAGAGGGAGAGUCAGGACGCUGCUACACUGAGGAUAGCAUUCUUAUCAGAUUCUCUCGCCUCGUUUUUUCAACACCUUCCAUACCCAAGCACGUGUGAUAAGGCGACAGUGUGUGAGCAACGAUGUCGGGCAUUCUCAAAGGAAUCAAGGCAGCAUUUGGGGACGUGGAGAUGGCCCCUUACACAGUAGUGGCAGAAAGAGAUACUUAUGAGGAGCGUUUAUACCCAGCUCGAAGAUGGGCAUGUACACAGGCGAAAGGCAUCGAGCAGACGACACUUGUGAGUCCCAUGUUCCGCACUCUCUUCAACUACAUCUCGGGAAAGAAUAUUCCAAACAUUCGGAUUGACAUGACGUCCCCUGUGACAACCUAUGUGGAGCCUGGUCCUGGUCCAACCUGCGAGUCCACCUUCACCAUGGCAUUCCUAAUCCCGGAGGAGCACCAGGACGAUCCCCCAGCCCCUCCCGACAGUUCAAUCUUCAUCGAGGAGCGGCCAGAGUUGAGAGUCCUGACGAGGCGCUACGGAGGAUACACAACAGACGAGAUUAUCAUCAAGGAAGCCAAAAGCCUCGCAGAAGCAAUCAAGAAGAAUGGCGAAGAGGAGGUGAACUUCGAGCAGUACUACACAGCCGGUUACGACCCCCCCUUCAAACUCUUCGGCCGGAGGAAUGAGAUCUGGUUCGUCAAGAAGGCUGAGAAGGAGGAGGCCUUGAAUGGGGACGUGGCGAAGGAGCAGGUAGAUGAGAAACCAGAAGUUGCUCAAGAAAACAGAGAUGUACCGAAGGAGGAGUCGGGGAAGCAAGUGGCAAACGGAGAAGAAGCCAAGCAAGAGAAUGGGGAGGUUGUUCACGUCACAGACUGAGUCGAACGAGAAUGUCCGCUCAUUGCAUACUCUAUUCAUAAGACAUUUGAAAAGAUCUAUAUAAUUUGUUGUCUUUUCUUUAUAUUGCUGUUAUUAUUUUAGUCUAAUCUUUGGAAUGUAUUUCAGGAAGAAGUACAUUAUUUUUUUAUAUAAGAUUAAGGACAAGGAGAUUAAAAGACAUUAAUUAUCAAAUUUUUAAGGCAUGUCUAUGAGUACAGAUUUGAAAUAAUUUCCACAUUUAUUUUGAUGUUCAUAGGUUAUAUAUGAAAUGAAAGUGAACCAUAAAUGCCAUGAUUAUAUAAUAUAUGAAUUAUUGUAAACUAUAAUAGAAUUAUCUCAAAGAAGCAUAAAUACUGUAUUGUUAUCUUUAAAACCUGUUUUCAGAAUUUUAAGCCAUAUUUAAUAAAUAGAUGUAUAGUAAAUUCCUCAUGUGAUAGGGCAGACAGGGAUAGUGUGAUCUUGUAAUAGCUAUAUUUUCCUCUAUAUAAUUGUAUUUCAUUAUAUAUUAUGUUGCUCGCUACACUUUAACUAUUGUUGAAUUACAUAACAGAAUUUUGAUCAGAUCUCAACAAUAUUUUAGCCAACUAUUUAACACACUUUAUCAAGUAAGCUAAGAGAAAGCCAUAUAUUUUAAUGUUAGUGUUAAUUGUAAGACAGCACAGGUAUGUAUGAAUAAAAGCACAAAAUGAAAGACACACUAUUUUGGAUAAGAUUAUCAGUAGGAUAUGAUGGCUGUGUCGUAUACUCCUUAAUAGAUGAUAAUUUAUAGCUGCAGAUUAUUGAGUCCCUAUAAUAAUUGGCAAGUUGAUGUGGCCUUAUUGCAGAUUAUAUUAUGGUGCCUAUGCCAAGGUUCAUCACUGACAUAAUCACUUGCAGUGCAUCAGGUUGUGACUACAUAAUUAUAGAAUCUCUUGCUCUAAAACUGUGAUGUCUUUUUUUUUCUUUUUCUUUUUUUCGUUAUGUAGUUUUUAACUAGGAAAACAAUGUUGGUGCAUUUGAAUAGAUCUAUAUCACUUUAUUUAUUUUUUGUAUUUUUUCCUCUAGUUGUGAAUCUCCUAGAAUUAUCUACUAUACAUUUAUUUUUUUGUUGUGUUUUAUAUUGCAUACUACUGUUAUACUCUUCCUCAGUAAACAAUUUUUUUGUGU